AUGUCUGGCGAAACGAUGAAAGCAGUGCAUUACGAGGGACCUUUCAAAGUCUCGGUGAAGGAGGUGGAAUUGCCCAAAAUUGUUCACCCAGACGAUGUGAUUGUCAAGGUUACAACGGCCGCGAUCUGUGGAUCCGACCUGCACAUGUACCAAGGACGAACGGCGGCGGAGAGCGGGCUCGUGUUUGGUCAUGAGAACAUGGGCAUUGUGAUCGAGACGGGAUCCGGCGUAACGCUGUUGGAGAAGGGCGACCGUAUAGUUCUGCCGUUCAAUGUAGCAGACGGCAGAUGCCAUGUCAACCCAGGCUUUGCAGGCGGAGCUUACGGCUAUGUAGCCAUGGGGCCUUACCAAGGUGGCCAGGCCCAGUAUCUCCGGGUGCCAUUUGCGGACUUCAAUGCGCUCAAACUACCAAAAGGCACCGAGCACGAAGCUGACUUCAUACUCCUCGCGGAUAUCUUCCCCACAGGCUGGCAUGGACUUGUACUUGCAGGGUUCAAGUCUGGAGAAAGCGUUGCGGUGUUCGGCGCAGGCCCCGUCGGGCUAAUACCGGAGCGAUUACAAGCGGCAGAGAAGAUGGGCUGCAUACCCAUCGAUUUCAGGAAGAGUGAUCCAGUAGAGCAGAUUAUCAAGCUCAACAACGGCAUGGUUGAUCGAGCUGUUGAUGCUGUGGGGUACCAGGCUGUUGAUGCUUCAGGAAGCAAGGAGAAGCCGAACAUCGUCCUUGACCAGCUUAUUAUGGUAACGCGGCCGACCGGAGGUCUAGGCAUACCAGGCCUCUACGUGCCAGCCGACCCAGGAGCUCCAGACGAACAGAGCAGGAAGGGCCAAAUCCUGAUAUCCUUUGGAAAGCUCUUUGAGAAGGUGAACUUCAGCAGCAUCUGA